AUGAGCAUAUUAUCAAGUUCAAAACAGAAAGAACAUACACACAACAAAGGCGCCUUUCGUUAUAAUGAUACUUCUGCCAAUAACUUUUCAUUGGUUCAAGAGCCUAAGCGAGCAGAUUUAGACGGUCAUCAUCAGCAAAUAUGCAUCGUGGAUCAACUCCAACAGCUCAGGGUAGAGUUUGAAGGUCAACUUUGUGAGGCAAGCGAUGUAGGAGCCUUCCAAGAUGCAGGUUGGGACGUGCGGCAUAAGGGCGCACCCGAACACCGCACGCUGGAGAAUUUGCUCAAGCGUAACCUGUCAGAUGACGGAAACGGCGUCCUUGGCGACGGCAAGAAAACAUUGCUAUUGGUAGUAGGAGAGCUGACUCCUUCAUUACUGGACCGUGUUGAAAUGUACUUCAAGACCGACAAUUGGAAUGUGGAGUUCUACGGUUUUCGCUCAGUUAGCGAGGUGUCCGACCGCUUACGCGCAGAAUAUCCUUCACGCUUUCGCAGUGCCUACUUAAGUCGUACCAUCAAGAAUUUACUGAAGGGGAGACCUGAUUCAAGUGGUAACGAGCGCUUCGUGUUCAUGAACCUCGACAGCAUCAUGGAGACGCUGUUCCGUAGUAACACGCUUUACAAGAUGAUCCCCGGUGCAGCCUCGGCACGAGAUAUUCGAGUCAACUUCAGUGCUGUAACCAAGAUUGUAUGUGGUGAGGAUCAAGCAAAAGUCAAGCGUCAAGUUGCAACGUACGCAACGACAAAUCCAUUGCUAGCUCAAAAGCUUGUUGAUCUUAAGUGGGAGGUAGACAAGCAAGCUCCGACAGCUUCGAUGUCAGCGCUUGUAGAAAUACUGGAGCAAUUGGCUUCGUCGACAGUUCCGACACCACAAGAACCGAAGACUUUGGUCCUCGUGAUGGGAGAUAGAGGAUUGACUGUCUCCGACAGAAUGGUCUGGAGUCGUCUACUUGCUGAAUUCGUUGCGAAGCAGUGGCAUAUUGAAAUAUUCUCCUGGGUGAGGACGUUGAGCGAUGAGUUCCUUGGUGCCUUUCUUAACCAUCGCGAUCAAGUUCUUGUGUACGCGCUGGACAACACGCUGCACGUUUUCACGUAUCUGAAGCCUGGAAGCUUAACUAACACCACUGCUGGCCCCACGUUUAAACUCGCUGCCGAUGGAACUGAGACUAUCGAUCUGCCACCGUUGCAACAGCAAAUGCAUCCAGUGCAAGUGGCAUUCGUUGCAAUGCAAGCUGAUGCAGCCACUGUUCGAACGAAGUAUCAAAAGGAUAUCAACACACAACUUCAGCAGCUGAAAUCGGCGUUUGAACUUCAGCUGCGUGAGCAACGCAACGGGUUUGAUGCUGAGUACAGACGGCUACAAGAUGAUUUCGAGACUCGGCUGCGCAAACAGGAGGACGCUUUCACAGCAUCCAGACAACGAUAUGAGAAGGAUACUGAACGACGUUUCUGCACAAUGGAAAACACCAUUGCAAGGCUACGAUUGGAACUGAAAAAUGAAACUGAACAUCAAUAUGACCAGUGUCAGAGUGACAUUGCAGCGGUGAACAGUAGUAUGGAGGAAAUGUCAAGGCGACUCGCACGGAAUAUGGCCAUUCACGAGCGCAAGAACGAUCACAUUUGGGAUCGUGUUCAAGACAGUCUUCGGAUAAGACGAGAAAAAUGUGCCGAACAGCACAACAAUCUGGAAUUUCGAGUGGAGCAGCAAGAUCGGAAGCAGCAGAUUGCAGCCGAGGAAGCUGGCAUCAGGCACGCGCAAGAUCAUCAAGAGCUGAAAAGUGACAUCAUUAGCACGGUCUUUUGGCGAAUAUUUGCUGCGAUCAUUGUUUUCUUCCUGUUCGCAAGCAUAGUAGCAUCACCUCACCAAAGGCAGAAUUAG